AAAGAGAAAAUGUCUUUGAUAAAUUUAGGAUCGAUAAAAAUUCUUAUUUGUGAGCAUUCUUUAUUUUAUGGCAACUUUAUUCAGCAGUCAGGCUAGUCUCGUAAUCCGUGUGUGACUUUUGAGUUUAUUUUUUUAAUUUCUGAGCGAAAUUUUAAAAUGUAUACUGUCUCAAAAGGACCUAGCAAAAUAGUGGCUAAAACUCGAAGAGGUCUAUCACAGAAUUUAGAAAGAUUAGACAGUCGUAAGGAUCAUAACAGGAAAUCUUCAGAGUCUGAUAAUGGAGAAGUCGUCAACAUGCCCAAACCUAUCUUUCAUUCCAAUGGCAAAAAGACACUACACCAGAGAAUACAACACCAUGUAAUCACACCACAACAUGAAGAAAUUAUUAGAUUUAUAAGUGAAAGAUCAGGAAGUUCAUCACCGGCCCCGCCCUCAAACCUGUAUUACCAAGAUGACGCUCCCAGCCCCAUCCUGCGGGACUUCAAGCCCUUCGACCUGGAGACGUGGUGGGGCAAGCGUCUCUUCCAGAACAUCACCAGCUCACUCUGAGUGUACACAGCACGACAGCACACAGGGGGAACACGAAAAUUUACGGUAGUGUAAGUCACAAUCAUCUGUAGUUUACUAAAUUUUAUAUUAUAUUUUAUAUAAAAUAAUUAAAACAAAAAUACCAGUAUUUUUCGCUAAAUAGAAGUAAUGCUGAUAUUUGCUCGUGUUUGCUACAUUUGUAGUAGUUAGACUGUUAGUAUGGCUCAUACUACAUAACUAUACAUUAAUUAAAUGAAUAAUCAAAUAGGAUAAUGCAAGAGAUUAAGUAAUCUACAGAUGAUUGUGGAUCUCAAUAGUUAUUUCAUAAUGUAAGUGAAAUUUUCCAAAAGCUCAAUUUCGUUGCACCGUUACUGCGAACCAAUAUUCUUUAAGAUUUAUUUGUUUUGAUUGUAUGUUGUGUUUGUUGGUCAGUUUAAAUGGAUUUAUUUGUUUUCUUUUACAUAAUAUCUACCAAAGAUUUAUUGAAUCAUUGGAAACAAACAUUGAUCAAAUGUAGCCAAAAUUUUAGAAGCCAAAUUGGUUAUUUAAUGUAGUCGAAUACUAGUCUUACAAUAUUAUUUGUAGUGUAGUGCCGUCACAAAUUAAAACUAAAUAGAUAAUUAAGAAAUUCACCGAUAUAAAUCUCUAAUGUAUAAGAUGUUUAACUUGUUCGCAGUCUAUUAUACAUAAUGUAAUAAUUUUAAAGUGCCUAAGUGUCCCGCCAUACGGAUAGUUUUACGUAUUGUCUAAUGAAUUAACACAUCACACUGUUUUAAUUUCUGUCCAUUUUGUACAAUGCCUUUUAAAGUAUUGCCUUGAAAA